AUGGAGCCAAAUGGGGUCGCUAGUUCUACGCCAUCUGCGGGCGAUUUGAUUUUGCAACAAAGAACCGAGGCUCUUCAGUCGGCGCAAAAAAGCGAUGGAACCCUUCUGUCGCAGCUGACCAGCAAUCCCUUGUUCACAGCGGGCUUUGGUCUUGCCGGCUUGGGUGCUGGAUUGACUUUCGCACAAAAAGGCGUCCGACAUGGUGCAGCUCUUCUCCGCCGACGAAUGCUGGUGGAUGUUGAGAUCAGCAUCAAAGAUGACUCCUAUCCAUGGUUUCUACACUGGAUGACUCUUUAUCAACAAUCACAGCUCACCGCGACCAAAGCUGCAGCAAAUAGCACCGGUUACAUGGAUCGAUUCCUCCAAAAACUCACCCCCGGCAUGCGCCACCUCUCCAUCCAAACGCAAAAGCUCGAACAUUCGAAUGGAGCCAUCCACACACAUUUCUCAUUAGUCCCCGGUCCCGGUAAACAUGUUCUUCGAUACAGAAACGCAUUUAUCUUCGUUAAUCGCAUGCGCGAGUCAAAGUCUCGCGACCUCCAGACCGGAAAGCCGUGGGAGACAAUCACCCUAACCACCCUUUACUCCCAACGUCACAUUUUCGAAGACCUCUUCACCGAGGCUCACGCAUAUGCCGCCAAAUCACACGAAGGCAAAACCACAAUCUAUAACAGCUGGGGAACGGAAUGGCGACCGUUUGGAAACCCCCGUCGGAAGCGCCCCUUGGAGUCCGUCGUCCUCCAAGAGGGUGUGAAGGAACGAAUUGUGGAGGAUGUGGAAGACUUCAUCUCAAGUUCGUCUUGGUACAAUGAUCGUGGAAUCCCAUAUCGGCGAGGAUAUCUUCUAUAUGGCCCCCCUGGUACAGGCAAAAGUUCAUUCAUCCAGGCACUGGCAGGCGAACUAGAUUACGAUAUUGCCAUUUUGAACCUGAGCGAGCGCGGCCUAACAGAUGACCGACUAAACCAUCUUCUUACAAUUGUACCCAACCGCACACUUGUCUUGUUGGAGGACGUUGAUGCCGCAUUUUCAAACCGCCGCGAGCAAAGCGACUCGGAUGGUUACCGAGGAGCCAAUGUGACUUUCUCGGGACUACUCAAUGCCCUCGAUGGAGUCGCAAGUGCGGAGGAACGGAUCAUCUUCCUCACCACCAAUCAUGUCGAUCGCCUUGACGAGGCUUUGGUCCGACCUGGACGUGUAGACAUGACCGUUCGUUUGGGCGAAGUCACUCGCUACCAAGUCGGCCGUUUGUGGGAUCGAUUCUAUGAAGACAUUGAUACCAAUGGAGAGUACCGCACAGUGUUCUUACAACGCCUUCAGGAUCUUGGCUUGAUCGAAGAUGAAGCUGGUAACAAGGCCGAUCGAUCCCUGAAUAUCAGUGCUGCGGCUCUGCAGGGAUUGUUCCUGUAUAACAAGGGUAACAUGGAGGGAGCGAUUUCCAUGGCGGAGGGUCUCACCUAUAGUGCACAUACUGAGGCAUUGGGCCAAGACCAAGGAAAGAGGAACUAA